UUGAUCACCCUACAAGAAUUCGCAAUGCUGGGCUUCAUGAACCAGUUAACGGAUAAGCCAGGCUGGGAGCACAAGGUCUUUGAUUCCACCAUCACUGCGAAAUGGAAGGAAGAGGCGUUAGCUCAGAAUGGACCUAGGCAAUCUGAGGAUACAUCAGUCGGCAUCACCGAGAAGAUGGUGGAUUGGUGUUUCGCUGAAUUGCAAUUCAAAGCGAAGCUAUUUCAAGAGAAUGGGGGACUCGUGUCUGUGUAUAAUGGCGACGUUGUCAAAUCGGAUGCCGCUAUUCCUCCUGAUCUCCAAGCUGCGUUGAAAGCGGCCGUGGAACCUCUAGAAGACGUGCCCGACCGUCUCAAAGACUGGCAUCCAGGUUCGGACGAGCUUGUCCUGGACCUCGUGCAUCCCAGCUUGUUCCCGCUAGUCUAUGGUCGUAGCAAGGUUUUGAAGGAGGGUGUAACUACUCUGGAUGACUGUAUUGAGCAAUGCGGAGAAGGCGUUACAUUGCCUGUUCGAUUGGACGAAUCCACAUUAGGAAGGGUGAGGGUAGAAGGGGCUAUCCUCGACAUAAACCUCUACAGCAACAAGUUUCAAUGGUUACCCUGCGAAGUAGAUAUAUCGGGGAAUGAUGUGCGAAUUACGAGUUACAUCAACAAUUUACACCCACAGAAGCAUUCGGAACUGUACAUGGUCAUAGAAAAAGUCAUUGCUCGGGCAAUUCCUUUGUGGAACAUGACUCUGUCCCCACUGCGGUCGGGGGUAGACAAGUACCGGCGUAUAGAUUACGACUGGGUCGAAUACGAUCCCGACCCAGAGAGCUUCCCAGAAGACGAGGGGCCACAGCAGGAAGAAGGCGAGGAUGAAGACGACUACUGGGAUCGAAGAAGUGAGUGGAUAGAAGAAACCCGGCGCGUCGUCCUUCCUGAGCCCAAAACAUUUGCCCCUCCUCCGUAUAUGACAACGGACUCAAAGGACCAAGUCGAUCUGAGGAGAGAUUUUGGCGAGAAAGGAUUGCAAGUUAUAGUCAAGCUAGCGAACAUUCAUCUCACUCCGGAGAAGCCCGAGUACAACGGAGGGAGCUGGCAUGUCGAGGGACAGAUGAACGAGCACAUUUGUGCGACGGCUUUAUACUACUACGACUGUGAAAACAUCACAACCAGUCAGCUCGCUUUCCGCCAACAAUCGAAAACGGACGACGCUGAGCUCAUCAACUACCCGCAAAACACCAAUGACUGGCUAGAAGUGGUUUUCGGAUGCGAAGACCGUAGCUCCUCCGUGCAACAAGUCGGAGCCGUGGAGACGAGAGCCGGCAGGCUGAUCACCUUCCCCAACAUUCUUCAGCACCAGGUCCAGCCUUUCUCGCUAAAAGAUCGCUCGAAACCUGGGCAUCGAAAGCUCCUAGCGCUGUUCCUCGUAGAUCCGACGAUCAAAGUCAUCUCAACGGCACAUGUCCCUUGCCAGCGAAAGGACUGGUGGCAGGAGAUUGUCAACACGCGAAGUGCGAUUGGCGACCUUCCGCGUGAACUUCAGGACCAGGUUUUCGAGGAGGUUGAAGAAUUCCCGUUUGGUAUGGAGGAAGCGAAAGAGUUGAGGCUGGAAUUGAUGGAGGAAAGG